AUGAAUCUCUCGCUUAACCCUCGUCCCAGGUCACUUACAACCGGCGAAGCCAUGAUUUCAAUCCAAACAUCCAAGACAACUGCACGAUCCUUUUCCACAGAGCACCUGAAGCCUGACAGAUAUGAAACCACUUCAAAGAAACCUUCAACACCAAUCAAAACGGCCAAUGUAGAGGAGAGGAUAAUCCAAGCAAAGCUGGGUCUUCACAUGAGAGGGAGAAAGGAGCUUGAAGCAAUAACAAGUCAAACCAACCGAGAGUACGCCACAGACUAG